UGUUUGUCGUGGCCGCGCCUCGUGGUGCUGCUGCUUCAUUCAGAGUGUGAGGACACUGAAGCUGCUGUUAUUGAUGAGGAGGAGGAAGCAGAUGAUGAAUGGACAGGAGGCUGAUCACAACAUCGAUCAGCGAUGAUCGAUCAGAAACUGCGGCCGCGCGGUCGGCUCCUUUGAUCCUGGGGCGGAGCGGCUGCACGAGGCGACAAUCAGCGUCAUCUAUCAGUCAAUCAAUCAAUCAGUCAAUCGGUCAAUCGGUCAGCUGAUCGAUCGCACCUGACGUGAGGAAGGUGCGGGUCCGCGUGCAGGCAGUGGGAGUCUCGAGCUCGGCGGGAGACAAUCAGCUGACACGAGGACGGACUCGGAAUUCUGGGCUCGUGCUGGUUCUGGACUCGGGGUCUGGGUUCUGGAUGACGUGACGGACCAGCCGCAGGUUCGGGUUCCGGCCGGAGGUGAAGACACAGCGGAGAGGAGUCCGCAGGUGAUCCGCAGGUCGGACGUCACAGCUGACCAUUAAAACCAGUAAAACCAGUGAAACCAGUAAACCCAGUGAACCCGUGUGCAGCAGCGGUCGUGGCGUCCGUCGGCGGUCCGGCUGUUAAUGGCCACAGGUGUAAACUACUGGAGCUCGUAUGAACCUGGUUCUAAGGUGAGCGAGUGUGUGUGGGGCGGCGAGCUCGAGACGAGCAGCGAGGAGGGAGGAGGCGGGGUCACAUGGGAAACGCAAGCCAUGGAGGUCAAAGGUCAACUCAUCUCAGCCCCUGACCCCCUCACCUGUCCUGACAGGAAGCAGAGGGCGGAGCGAAUGAUGGAGCUGCAGGAGAGGAGGCGGAGCUUGCAGACGCUGCUGAGCACACGAUUGGCUGAGCUGAGACGUAUCUGUCUGCAGGAGGCGGAGCUGACAGGGAUGGUGCCCAGCGACUUCCCCCUGGAGGCGGGAGAGAAACUUCCCUGUGUCCGACGGCGAGGUGGGACGUCCCGCCCAGGAAACAGGAAGUGUAGAACAGAGCAUGAAGACUGUCAGCGCUCGAAGCCCAAGAAAACGUUAUUCAGCGCCGCUUUGAGGAAACACAGCGACUCCGAACACAACGCGAACACACAAACACACACUCAUCAUGGGAAGAGGACGGUGCAUCGAGGCUGCCACACAGACGACACAGUGAGGUCAGAGAGCAGCUCGACGUCGGACUCGACAGGACACGACAACGAUGAUGGAGUGUCUCAGUGUCGCCCCCCGCUGGUCUCUACCGGUUCACCUGUGGAGGUUUUCUACCAGAACAAAACCAGGAGGAACUCAGUGCACAACAGGGCGGAGCAUCCAGAGGUUCCUCAGACCCAUAAACCCCUCCCCCUGCCCUCCUCUCAGCCUCCGCCCCUCCCCCUCCAGCCCCCUCCUCCCCCGCCUCCUCGCUCUCAGGACAGCUCCUCUUCCUCUGGACCCAGCGACCCAGAGGGCGGGAUCAGAGGAGGUGGAGUCAAUGCGGCGCGUCGUAGCAACAGCUCCGACGGCCUUCUGGACCGAAUCACCACCCCGGAGGAGGACGGCCAGCAGGGGGCAUUAUGGGUAAAUGGUCUGCCGGGGACCAGAGGAGGAAUGAGGAGCGGUGAGACAGAUGGACGAGCGGCGAGGACGAAUAGCGCAGGAGGAGAGGGAGGGGGGAGAGGUGGAGGGGCGGGGCGAGGAAGAGGAGGAGGAGGAGGAGCAGGAGGAGGAGGAGGAGGAGGAGGAGGAGGAGGAAGGCCAGGCUACAGCGAGGUCCUGCUGGACUACGUCUGGGGAAAACAGCAGAAGAUGCAGCAGCUGCAGCGACAGCAGUCCCACAACAGUUCCAGGCAGCCAAUCACAUCGCAGCUCUACAACGGUUACCCCGCCCAGCAGCCCUCCGCAGCCCCGCCCACCUACCGAGGUCACCAUGGCGACCAGCGGCGCGUCAAAGUGACCCGGACCAAAUCCUGCGGCCCGUUCCUACCGGUGCAGCAGGGCGCCGAGGGCUACGCCGAUACCCAUAAUCCUCCUCUGUCCGCCGCCAUCCAGCCCGACCCCCACCCCCACCUCCUGCCCCCCCGGCCCCAGAAGCUGCCCCCCACCCAGGACGCCCAGCUGGAGGAGGCCACGAGGAGCCUGCACAAGGCACUGGCCCUGGAGGGUCUGAGGGACUGGUAUCUGAGAAACACGAUAGGCUCCACCCACCAGAACCAGGCCAACGGAAAGGUCAACUCCAAGGUCAAUGGAGGGGUCAAAGGUCAAGCCGGCGGGGGAGGAGCUUUGCAGCGCAGGCGCACGACUCACGGCGUCAUCCAGCAGUCCACCUAUCAGACGGAGGCGAGUCAUCACGCCGCGCCGCAUCACAAACAGGCGGCGCUGCCGCAUUCGGCCACGUUCCACGGACACCCGCUGCACGGCAGGUCUGUUGAUGGCUCGCUCUACCAUGACUUCCCUCCUCAUAAACAGGACGUUCCUCUCCGAGAGCCGACGCCAGACCAACCCUCACCCGGGACUCUGGUCUGACUAUAGGAGACACGUGGACCGAUCCCAGGCUGGUUUCCUGGAGGUGACUGAAUCAAACACACCCGCGACUGGAUUCAUCAGUGACGGCACCGGGAUUCGAACCGGCAGCUCCUCAAACCCCGCCCAAUGUUAGGAUGACGUGUAAACAGCGUCCAAACUGACAAACAGACCAUCAGAAGGGCGGGGCCUAUCAUCGGAGGGGCGGGGUUUACCGGUGUCUGUCAGCUGACCAUCCUUUGUCGUGAUAGGGAAUUAAUUUAACGAUAACGCUCCCAGUUUGUGCAAUUGCUUCUGCUUCAUGAUGUCAGAUGGCAGAACGCGACUCCCAGAGGAAUUCUGGGUAAAAAGAGGAGGAAGUGACACUUUAAUUUUUAAUUCUGCAAUGAGACUCUGCUCGGACAAUCAGGACACGUUAAAGGAGAUAUGAACUUAAAGUGAUAUGGAUGAUGAUGACGAUGAUGGUGAUGAUGAUGAUGGUGAUGAAGUUGCACUCUCUCUGAGGUCAGAUAAUCCCAUUGACUUUGUCACAACCUGAUCCGGACCAGAAACCUGGUUUGGGCUCUGAUUUGAAAAUGCAGCUACUUCCUAUAUCACCAGUAUUUAAAAUAAUUCUCUUGGAUUUAAAUAAAAUAGCGUUAGGUUUUAUUAGCUAUGAAAGAGAAGAUUCACUUGUUCUUAUUAAGUCAAUUCACAUGUUCCAUGUUUUUGUAAAGAAAUUAAAUCUACAUUCAUGCAUUUGGCGCUUUUUUCCAAAGUGACUUACAGGAGAAAACCAAAAUAAAAGAAUAAAAUACAAGAAUAGAUUAAAGACAUAAAGCAGAUAUACAAUUAAAAACAGU